AUGAAGCUUAAGGAGUUGCAUUUCUUUUAUGCCAUCACUAUCCUUUUGUUUGCCAGUGUUAUGUUAUGUAAUGCUUCGAGGCAGCGCCAAUCAAAUCACAUUCUUAAGUCCAUCAAGAGUGAAGAUGGAGAUGUGAUCGAUUGUGUUGAUAUGUUUCAUCAACCUGCAUUCGAUCAUCCGUUGCUUAAAAACCACAAGAUAAAGAUUAGACCGAGCAAUCAUCCAGAAGAAUUGUUUGUCAAGGACGAAUCGUCGGAUGUCAACUCAAAAACCAACAAAAACAGGAUCACCCAAAUAUGGCAACUCAGCGGGGAGUGCCCCGAUGGAACCAUUCCUAUUAGAAGAACAGAUGCAAAAGAGGAUUUCUUCAAAGCUAAUUCCAAUAAGAAGAAGCACAGAAGCACUAAUCCUCGGUCGUAUUCUUCAAAUGGGAGGAACUUGCUUGGCGCUACUUCUGGUCACGAGUACGCAGUUGCAACUGUUGCCGAAAGAGGAGAGUAUUAUGGAACAAGGUUUAAUGUAACUGCAUGGCAACCCUUUGUUGAGGGGGACAAUGAAUUUAGCUUGUCUCAACUUUGGAUCCUUGCAGAUGGUGAUUUAGGCCUCAACUCAAUUGAAGCUGGCUGGGUUGUCUAUCCUCGUAUACUGGGAGAUAAUCGCACGAGACUUUUCACGUAUUGGACGACCGAUGGUUAUGGAUCGACCGGGUGUUGGAACUUGGGGUGCCCAGGUUUUGUUCAGGUUAACAACAAAAUAGUAAUAGGGGGCGCCAUCGCCAAUUUCUCCUCUGAUCAUCCCUUUUCAGAAAUUUCUCUAUUUGUUUGGAUGGACAAGAAACAAGAUGUGUGGUGGCUACAAUACAAUGGGACUCAACUGGGUUAUUGGCCAGCCAUUUUAUUUAAUCGCCUAAAUGACAGUGCUCAACUGAUCGAAUGGGGUGGAGAGAUAGUAAACCACAAUACAAACGGAAUACAUACUGCAACUCAAAUGGGGAAUGGCCAGUUCCCAUAUGAAAAGUUUGAAAGAGCAAGCUAUUUCAGGAAUAUUGAAAUUAUGAAUGAGACAAUGGUAUUUGGGCCUCCUCUUGGUGGUAAUAUUGGUACCAUCGUUUCUUAUGAAAAUUGUUAUAAUAUAUCAGUUGGAAAGAAUGAUGAUUGGGGGAGUUUCUUUUACUAUGGUGGACCAGGCAGAAAUUCCAAAUGUCCAUGA